AUGUACGAUAAUUCUAGUGAACCCUUUUAUACGAAUAUUUCAACUCGUGCCUGUCGUCUACAACACAGCGGUUGGUCACUAGAACGAUCAAAUGUUUUGAAGCAAUCAUCAGACGCAUCUACUGAAACACUUUCCCCUUCAUUUUGUUAUCCUUAUCCGCAAAGACCAAAACAAACGCUUCCACCAAAUUAUACAAAUUAUUAUCCAUCACCAUCGUCAUCACCAGCGCCUCACAUAUCUAAUUAUGAACGCCCGAAAUCAACAAUUCUAUAUGAAUCGACUCCAAAAAACAAUUCAACAUUUCAUGUUAACGAUCUUCGUCAAAGAUAUGAAUCUAAAACUUUAGUAGGCAUUGUCAAACCAAUGGUCCAUCAACGAUCGUACACUCAAUUGAACAGUUCUAGCAACGACAGUAAAGUUCCUGGCAUGCCAAUGAAUAAUGGAUUUCAUCACAAUUCAACGCGUUCUUUAUAUCCACCACCGAUACCACAAACACUUUCUUCAUCAUCAUUAACGUCACCUAUUGUUUAUCGAGCGCGUCCAACACCAUCUCACAAUAAUACCAAUGGUCAACCACCUAUGGCACCACGUCGAUAUUCAUCAAUCAGUAUGAAUAAACGUACAUCAUCUCAUCGUUCAUCAAGAACAACAUCAACAUCAUCGUCGAUCGUUGGUAUUAAUGAACUUUCAUCGGCCGUAUCACCACACCAAAAUGAACAUCAAAAUGGUGAUACGACGAUUGCUGUGGAUGUUAAGCGCCUUGAAAUGUUUUAUAGUAGUGUUGGCACAUUAGUUAAAUCGGCUCGUUCAAUAGCACGUCUCUAUAUAACAACAACACGACAGUUGGCUAAUUUUGAAGAUUGGUCGUGUCAGCAACUUGGUGUUCCUAUUUGGAUUUAUAAUACAGGAGCUAAUUUGAAACGAACAAGGCAAGUUCAAUUAAUACUUGCACAACAUGAAAGUUGUUUUGCCGUAUGGUCAAGUUUAAUAUCUGAUCAUGCCGAAUUACGUUUACCAAAAGAUAACUAUAUAACAUGUUGGCUACCAGAAUCGAAUAUGCUGGCUGUAUUUAAAUUUGAACGAAAUGACACAUGUCGAUUAUUUUUCCGGCAUUAUUAUGAAAUAUUAGAAUAUGAACGACGAAUGAAUUUAGCAAAUCCACCACCAUUACCAGCUGAAAGCAAUGAUUUACAACAAAACAACAACAAUAAUAAUAAUAAUAGCAAUAAUAAGGAAAUUCCACGUCGUUAUUCACGUUUGAAAACGAUAUCAAAUAAACCAGAUAAAGAACAACAACAACAACAAUUCGAAUUACGUCGUUGUCGAAGUCUAUCUAAAAUUCGAACAGUUAAAAAAUCGGAUAUAUCAGGACCUAUUAAUUUCGAACAUGUUAAUCAUAUAAGUAAUGGUAGUAGUCAACCAAAACCACGACCAUUAUCAGGGUCAGUAACACUUCGUUCGUUACAUGCUUCCAUGUCGCACUUGCCUAAUAGUGGUAGCAUAAUGGAACGAUUUUUUAAUCAAAAUAAAAAGCGUGCUUCGGCUUCAUUUGAACCAAGAACAACAGCUGUUUAA